GGGGUGGGGGAGGGAGAGGAGGAGCCAGAGGAGGUGUCUGCUGCAAGUUCCUGGCUGCUUCUGAGCUCACCCCAUCCUCCAAGAGGGAGGAGGCCUUAGUGGUGAUGCUGCCCGCCUUGCUCCAGCCACUGCUGCCGCUUCCACUGCUGAUUCUCUAGAGGGGCUGGAAGGGUGGUUCCACUUCGCACCAUCGCCAACCAGACACCCGAGGAAAAAAAAAAAAAAUCCCAGCGCUCACUGCUGAUGUUGGGUUCGGAGGCUGCAUCCGACUCGGUCACAAGGAAAAUGGAUUCAGUCUACAUCUCUCCCUCUUUUCAGCAGCUCCUCCGGGUCUCAGCAUGGGCUUCCAGGACAGCUGAGGAGACCUUACCACAGAGCACCACGCAGUAGAUGCUGAAACAUCGCGCUCCAGGAUAAGAACCAGUAACAUGGCAGCACCUAUUUGAAAGGAUUAGAAACCAACAGACUUCAUUUAGAAAGAAACGAUGUCCAAGAAAGGGCGAAGUAAGGGCGAGAAGCCCGAGACACUCAUUGUUGCCCUUCAAGCUGCCAACGAAGACCUCAGGACCAAGCUCACAGACAUUCAGAUAGAGCUGCACCAGGAGAAGUCCAAGGUAUCCAAGCUUGAAAGAGAGAAGACUCAAGAAGCAAAGAGAAUUCGUGAGCUGGAACAGCGCAAGCACACGGUCCUGGUGACAGAGCUCAAAGCCAAGCUGCAUGAGGAGAAGAUGAAGGAGCUACAGGCCGUGAGGGAGAAUCUCAUCAAGCAACAUGAGCAAGAAAUGUCAAGGACAGUGAAGGUGAGGGACGGAGAGAUCCAGAGGCUCAAGUCUGCUCUCUGUGCUCUCCGGGAUGGCAGCAGUGACAAAGUAAGGACAGCGCUCACCAUCGAGGCCCGGGAGGAGGCCCGGAAACUGUUUGAUGCAGAGCGUCUUAAGCUCUUACAGGAAAUUACGGACCUGAAAAUGGCCAAGAAGCAAGUGGAUGAGGCGCUGAGCAAUAUGAUCCAGGCGGAUAAAAUCAAGGCUGGGGACCUUAGGAGUGAGCACCAGUCCCACCAAGAGGCCAUCUCGAAGAUCAAGUGGGAGUCUGAGCGGGACAUUCGGAGGCUGAUGGAUGAAAUCAAAGCCAAGGACAGGAUCAUUUUUUCCCUGGAGAAGGAGCUGGAGACCCAGACAGGCUAUGUACAGAAGCUCCAACUGCAGAAAGAGGCUCUGGACGAACAGCUCUUCCUGGUGAAGGAGGCUGAGUGUAAUAUGAGCAGUCCAAAGCGAGAGAUCCCAGGAAGGGCAGGAGAUGGCUCCGAACACUGCAGCAGUCCGGAUUUGCGAAGAAAUCAAAAAAGAAUAGCUGAAUUGAAUGCCACUAUAAGAAAAUUAGAGGACAGGAAUACCCUGCUUGGAGAUGAACGAAAUGAAUUGUUAAAACGUGUACGAGAAACUGAAAAACAAUGUAAACCUCUCCUGGAAAGGAACAAGUGCCUCGCCAAGAGAAAUGAUGAACUAAUGGUGUCUUUACAGCGCAUGGAAGAGAAACUAAAAGCCGUUACUAAGGAAAAUUCAGAAAUGAGAGAAAAAAUAACAUCACACCCACCUUUGAAAAAAUUGAAAUCUCUGAAUGACCUCGACCAAGCUAAUGAAGAACAAGAGACUGAGUUUCUAAAACUUCAGGUCAUUGAGCAACAGAACAUUAUUGAUGAGCUCACAAGGGACCGAGAAAAGCUCAUCCGCAGGAGAAAGCAUAGAAGAAGUUCCAAGCCAAUUAAGAGGCCUGUUUUGGACCCAUUCAUUGGCUAUGAUGAAGACUCCAUGGAUUCAGAGACAUCAUCCAUGGCCUCAUUUAGAACAGACCGGACACCAGCAACUCCUGAUGAUGACUUGGAUGAGAGUUUAGCAGCUGAAGAAUCUGAGCUACGAUUUAGACAAUUAACGAAAGAAUACCAGGCCCUCCAAAGAGCAUACGCCCUCCUGCAAGAGCAGACUGGAGGCAUCAUUGACGCUGAACGAGAAGCCAAGGCUCAAGAACAGCUGCAAGCAGAGGUGCUAAGGUAUAAAGCCAAGAUCGAAGACCUGGAAGCAACACUGGCUCAGAAGGGGCAGGAUUCACACUGGGUAGAAGAUAAACAACUUUUCAUUAAGAGAAACCAGGAGCUUUUAGAAAAGAUAGAAAAACAGGAGGCAGAAAAUCACCGGCUACAACAGGAACUGCAGGAUGCCAGAGACCAGAAUGAGCUGCUGGAGUUUCGAAACCUAGAGCUAGAAGAGAGAGAGAGGCGGUCCCCUCCAUUUAAUCUACAGAUUCAUCCAUUCUCAGAUGGUGUUAGUGCUCUACAGAUCUACUGUAUGAAAGAAGGUGUCAAGGAUGUGAAUAUCCCGGAUCUCAUAAAGCAGCUAGAUAUCUUGGGCGAUAACGGGAAUUUAAGAAAUGAAGAACAAGUGGCCAUUAUUCAGGCCAGCACUGUGCUGUCCCUAGCAGAGAAGUGGAUCCAGCAGAUUGAAGGAGCAGAGGCUGCCCUUCAUCAGAAAAUGAUGGAAUUGGAAAGUGACAUGGAACAAUUCUGCAAAAUAAAAGGAUAUCUAGAAGAAGAAUUAGACUACAGGAAACAAGCUCUUGACCAAGCAUAUAUGAGAAUCCAGGAACUAGAAGCUACUUUGUACAAUGCUCUGCAGCAAGAAACUGUUAUCAAGUUUGGUGAAUUAUUAAGUGAAAAACAGCAAGAGGAGCUGAGGACGGCAGUAGAAAAGUUACGGCGACAAAUGCUGAGGAAGAGCAGAGAGUAUGACUGUCAGAUUCUCCAGGAGAGAAUGGAGCUCUUACAGCAAGCCCACCAGAGAAUCCGUGAUUUGGAAGAUAAAACAGAUAUCCAGAAAAGACAGAUAAAGGACUUAGAAGAAAAGUUUCUGUUUCUAUUCUUGUUCUUCUCUCUUGCCUUUAUUCUAUGGCCUUGAUGUCAAGGUGCCUCUUAAAGAAUAAAAGAAAUAUGGAUCAGACUCCAAAAAGGCAAAUGCUUCUGAACCUUCAAAGAUGGCAAAAUUGUUUACACCAGUGCAAGGGAGAUCAAAAGCUACGAACUACCCUGUAGCCAGGACUACAACUGGGUACUUUAAAGCCAUUAUUCAAGGUUUCUUACUUGACAGUUCCUACAUGACCGGUGACAGUUCCUACAGUAUAUGCUGCAUUUAAUGAAAUGUGUAUAUUCAAACCAGAAGAGAACUAUAAACAUAUAUUGUGUAAAGAAAAAAAGUGAGCAAUGGAACCAGUUUUAGCAGAUCAAGUAAAGAUGUGUCUUGGGCAUGGAACCAAAGUUACAAUGAAACAUUCAACCCCUGCCGUGCAGGGGGUCAUUUUAAUGUAACACCAUACUCCAUGGAAACACUAGUCUUGAAAAUAAACAUCACUUAAAAAAAUCAAAGCAAAACAAAAAACAAAUGUGGGUGGGAAAUGAAGCACGAGGAAUACCUAUGAAGAGAUAUUUACAAUAAAAUGUUUCAUUUGAAAAGUCUGGUUUCUUACUACAGGGAUUUGCUUUUCAGUCUUUAGGAUUGUUUUAAACUCAGGAACACAGACACCUGCAAUGUGAACAGAAGAAAGUCACUCUGUUUUGCUUUUCUACGAAAGAUGGAGCUGGUGGAAUGCAUCCCACAGACAGACAAGUGGAUCAGUGAACCUAACUGAACUGGCAACCAAGUCAAAGGACUCUAGUGACUGUAACAUGAGACAUAAAUGCAGAGUUGAUGCUAUUCUGUUCUCUCACAUCUGCAUUCCUCUGCCAACAAUGGACUAAUCUCAUUCAUAUUGAAAAUUAAGACGAUACUUUACAUCAUAAGCUCCCUGACUUAGUUCUGUUUAGAACACCAACAUCUAUAGGGAAUGUGGGCCAGAGAGCACCUCUGAACCUUCAAUUUUCAGAAUAGUUGUUUUCAAUUUUAAAUUGCCUGCAAAUGAACAUCCUACAUAAUUUGGGUUAAAACAUCAUAGAGGUGAUGAGUAAAUUUCUACCAACAUUUGGGCUUGCCACAGAAAUGUGAAUAUUAAAAUAUCUUGCUACACCUAGAGCAGUCUGACCUCUUGUCAUUUACAGUGAUAACAUUUUUCCCAGACAGCUGAAAGCAAAUAGCUCUACUUUUUUAUAUAGAGGUAACACAAUCUGCUAAGGUUGUUUUCUACCAGAGACUAUUAAAGACUGGUACUUUUCCUAUAUUAUUAUAUUAUAUAUUGCUGAGUCUUAGAUUCAGCUCUAAGAGCAAAUAUGUGUUCCUGAAAAGCUAAUUUUACACCUCAUUUACUGUAGAUAACAAGACAACCUCAAUUUUUCAAAUUUUCAAGAUUUUACUAAUGGGGCUAGAAUCCUUGCAUAGGGAAUGUGUGUAGGGAGCCAGAAACUCUUUCUAUGAAAUGUUACACAAAUCUUUCCAUAUGUGAGUUCAGUAUCUUAUGCUUUGUUUUAACACUGGCAUUUUCAAAGCCAGGACAAUACCUGAAGAAUCUACAAGAAAAACUGGAACACUAAGGUCCCACUUUUGUCCUUGUAUUUACUGCUGACCCAGGUAUCUUUGGCCCAGUCACUUAACCUCUCUGUGCCUCAGUUUCCUCAUCUGCAAAAUGGGGUUCAAAUGCUUUUUCAUAGUUUUAUUUGCAAUUCUAGAACAAGAGGUGCUUAAAGUAGCACAAAGUGCUUUGUAAUUAUUAUAACUGCUGUAUUAUUUGACUUUCUUGUGUGGCUGAGAAAAAGAUUCCCCCAUGUAAUAAAAUAGAGCUCUAGUUUGGUUAAAUGUAAACAUUGCAGCACUGAAGCUUUACCAUCAAGCUACGUGGGACAUUAUUAGCAAUAAAGAUUAAGAGAUCAAAAGCAAGAUCUCUAAUAAUCUAUAGCAAAUAGAUCAUCUCAUGUUACUGAACACAACAGAAGAGUGUCAUUUCAAUGACAAAAAUACCCCAGCUUUCUGGAUCACAUCAUUCUCCUUCCUGAUUGACAUGUAUGCCAACAAACAGAACACCACUUUGAUCAUAAGAGAGCCAACCAUGAAAUGAAGGCUUGGAGAGAGUUGACAGUAGCACAUAAUCUACCUGUUUAUCUCUUUCUUUUUGGGAAAAGGCUGAGUACAAGGAACGUACAAAACUCUGCUGCUGGAUUCUGUGUUCAACGAGGUAGGUUCCAGAUUCAAUAUGAACACUGGUUCAUUGUGCAGGAAAUAUGAAACAGGGUAACUUCUACGACGUCUGUUAUUCAACCCCAGCAAACUUCAGUCAAAAUAUGGAAAAGGGUAAAUUCCCAUACCAGUCUCAGACUUCACUCUUCAGUUUUUCUUCUCUUACCAUUCCACAGCCCAUCUGAGAAAAUUCAUACUCCAUCUGCUCCACCUAACAUAUCUUCAUUCUCUUCACUGCCUUUCCCCAUCAAGAAAUUUGCAGUUUAAAAUUCAUAUCCAAGAGCUGUUUUGUGAUAAUAAAUAUUUGCAAAAAUAAGGUGGCUUGAUUACAUGCUUUAUAUGCUUAUCUGCUAAUAAUUGGAUAGUAUCAUAUACCAGGACAUAUGACACAUCACCUAGCAUGAUCCUCUAAGUAAUGUUGAUGAGUCCAGGCCAAGGGCAAAAGGAGGGAUUAUCUCCUUUUGAAUAAGAUCCAGGAGAAGAAGUUCCUCUAGAUUUUAAACUAAAUGGUAACAUUACCAAAUCUUACUAAUGAUCCUCGAAGUUAACACUUAAUAAGUUGAUAGACAAAUCUAUUAUUCAUUUCCACAACUAUAAAAGCAUCAGGUAAACUGUAGAUGUAUGUUCUAGGUUUUCAUGAAUCCAUGGAAAUGGUCCAUAUCUAGCUGAAAACUUCCUUUGCAUAUAAUGAGAACAAUAUCUUGUUAAAAUGGAGAGGCCUACUAUGGGUCCACUUCUUAGGGAAAAAAAAAACAAAAACAGAAUUCUCACUCUGUUCCUUAAUUUAUGCAUCUGUUUGGUCAGUAAGUUAGUAGGAAUCAAAGCAAUCAAGAAUCAUUUAUAUAAUUGUUCUCAGCAAAGUAUUCAUUCAUCCCUUGGAAAAUAGCUUAAUGGACUAGUUAAAAUAGUUUGAAAUCAGUGAAAGUCCCAAUUUAUCACAGUUACUCUGGACUGAAAACUUUCCACGAAAGGAAGGAAAUGGAAAGCUUUAUUUGACUACUAUAAUAGAAAGCAAUAGCAAAAUGUUGUAUUUUUAAAAAUACCAUCUAACUUUCAUUUCAGGAGACAGAAUAUGAUGAAAAAAUCAUAUCUCUUUUAACUUAUGUCAAAGAAGUUAAAUGCCCCUAUUAAGAUUUGAGGAGAAGGAAAAUAAAUUUGGCUCAAAUUUUUCUUCAAUCCACAAGUAACUAUUCAUGCAAGUAGGAUGUUUCUUCCCAACUCAAGAAUAGAGUAUAGAAAAGGCAAAAGUAGACAGGGAACAUUGGUUUUCCAUCUGGAACAGAAGAGAAAAAGUUUGCCAAAUAAUUUUGCAACUUUUUAAUUUCAAAAUAUUUAUUGAUGGUUUUGAAAAUAAAUCUCUGGCAAACUUGUUCUUUUCUGCCUAUUAUAAACUCUUUUUCUGUAAACUCAUUGAGUAAUUUGUAUGUUCAUGUCUUCUGUACAAUUUGUAAGUCUGUUACUUUAAAGUGAUGCAUGUCUUUUCAACCUGCCUGGUUUUUCCUAGAAAUUGUAAAAGGAGAAUAUUAUUACUUGUGUAUUAAUGCUUAAAUAACUGGGUAAUCUGUGUUAUAUUAUAUCAAAGAAGAUGAACAGAAUAGACAUUUUAUUUUUAAAAUGCUUAAUUGCAUUGUUUUGCUCUGUCAAAGAGUAGCACAGAAUACACACACACACACACACACACACACACAAAUAAA